AUGAAACUCUUCCGUCUUUCAAGAAUAGACCAGGUACCCAUAGCCACUGCUACUCCCAUCGAGGGGUGGACUGGCGGCGAAGUGAGCCGCACCCGCCAACCGCUACUUGGCGACGGUGACAGCGAGUGGUUCAGCAGCAGCGUCGUCAACUUUGGCAAGGGUGCUACUACCGGUUGGCACCGCCACGCCACCGACCAGCUUCUGGUCAUCGUCCACGGCAACGGCAUCGUCGCCAACGAGCAUGAGAGUCACCAAGUGUCGCCCUGUCCGGCCAGUCUCGAUUCGUUGAGGGUAUUUAUGACCACUUUGUCCGUCGCCUGGACCGAAGAAACUCUGCGAGUGGCAGGUGUUGACCUGCACCUGGUCAAGGGUGGCUCCGGCGAACCCCUGCUCAUCCUCAACGACGAAGUCGGUCAUAUGGGUCAGCUCAGGUACCAGAACACCGCGCCUGGACUGGGUUAUGAACAUGCGCGACCUGGCAGGCUGGUAUUUGAUGCCCUGGAUGAACUGGGGCUGAGCCAGGUAAACACCAUAGGUUGUUCCCUUGGCGGCUGGCUGGCCGCCGAAAUGGCCACCAUGAAUCCUGCGCAAUUCAGGAAGCUGGCUUUGGUGGGACCAAUGGGCGUCCUCCCCCCCGACGGAUACAUUUACGACGUCUUCCUCGAGGUAGUCAGAACCUGCAUUUCCACUGCCUUCCUUAACCCAGAGGGCACGCCUGAAUUUCAGGAAUUGUGCCCCGAGGAAGCCACAGCCGAACAGUCCAUGGCCUGGGAGGUAGCCCGGGAAGAGGCGUGUCGCCUGGGCUGGAAGCCUUAUAUGUACUAUCCCGGCUUGCCUCACUUGUUAGGGCGGCUUAAGGACUUGCCCACUAUGGUGGUUUGGGGUCGCGAAGACGGCAUUGUACCAGAUAUUUCACUGAGCGCCCCUACCAGGACCCUCGUUCCGGCUAUUUUCGGCGCCACCGGCAAGCCCAUCAUGGACUUGACGGUAAGCAACGGAAUCUACGAUCCAAAACUGGGUUCUGAGCUGUACAACCGCUACCUCGACGAAAAAAUGUACGCCGAAGAGAUGGGCUUCGACGGCCUGAUGCUCAACGAGCACCACGGCACCCCCUUCUGCAUGGGCGGCGCCAUGAACGUGGAAGCCUCCAUCCUGGCCCGCAUGACCAACCGUGCCAAGAUCGUUCUGCUGGGCAACAUCCUCCCCAUCUGGGACGACCCCCUGUGGCUGGUCGAGCAGCUUUCCAUGAUCGACAUGAUCUCCAAGGGCCGCCUGGUAUCUGGCUGGGUCCGCGGCACCGGUCGCGAAAGUGUGGCCCAUAACUCGCCUCCUCCCUACAACUGGGAACGCUUCCAGGAAGCCCAUGAGUCAUUGUCAAGGCUUGGACGACGCCUGGCCCCUUCCGCUGGGAGGGCAAGCACUUCCAGUACCGUCACGUAA